AUGCCUUCUAUUCAAAACUUGAUUAUAAUCCUGCCAUUUCUAGGAGCUGGUGUCGAAGCUGCAGUUAGCUUUCCACCUAUUCCAUCAGAUUUGUCAACCCCAGUUCAACAGCGCAUUGCUUUUGGCGGACCAAACAGUAUUACUGUUGGGUGGAACACUUAUGCCAAGCAAGCAAAACCUUGCGUUCAAUACGGCACCUCCCAGAACGCCCUAGAUAAACAAGCAUGUUCCGACAUCUCGACAACAUAUCCCACUUCUCGCACCUGGGUAAACUCCGUCACUCUCGAUGGUCUAUCACCAGCAACGACGUACUACUACAAGAUUGUAUCCAAGAACUCAACCAUCGACCACUUUCUGAGCCCUCGCACGGCCGGAGAUAAAACUCCAUUUGCCAUCAAUGCUAUCAUCGACCUUGGCGUCUACGGUCAAGAUGGCUUCACAAUCGACAUGGAUCAUUCCAAGCGUGAUAUAAUCCCGACUAUCCAACCAUCGCUGAACCAUACAACUAUUGGUAGACUUGCCACAACAGUCGAUGACUACGAGUUUGUCAUUCAUCCAGGUGACCUUGGCUACGCCGACGAUUGGUUUGAGAGGCCCAAGAAUCUCCUCCAUGGACAGGAGGCCUAUCAAGCCAUCCUGGAGAAUUUCUAUGAUCAACUUGCCCCGAUUGCGGGUCGGAAGCCUUAUAUGGUGUCCCCUGGAAACCACGAGGCUGCUUGCGAAGAAAUUCCAGUCCUCAAUCAUUUCUGCCCCGAAGGACAAAAGAACUUUACAGAUUUCAUGGUUAGAUUCGGCAACAUCAUGCCUCUUCCUUUUGCCUCAACAUCUUCAGAUGCAACCGCUAAAGUAAACGCCAACAAGGCAAAACAACUUGCAAACCCGCCAUUCUGGUUUUCUUUCGACUAUGGCAUGGCGCAUGUGGUUAUGAUCGACACUGAGACUGACUUUCCUGAUGCACCUGACCAGCCCGGUGGCUCAGCCCAUUUGAACGGUGGACCUUUCGGAAGACCAAAUCAACAGUUACAAUUCCUUGAGGCCGACCUGUCAUCCGUUGACCGAGACGUUACACCCUGGCUUAUCGUGGCAGGUCAUCGUCCGUGGUACUCCACUAACAACGAGGGAUGCAAGCCCUGCCAAGAAGCUUUUGAGGGGCUGUUCUACAAGUACGGCGUUGACUUGGGUGUUUUUGGCCACGUGCAUAAUUCCCAACGAUUCCAUCCAGUCUACAACGGCACUGUUGACCCUGCUGGGCAACAAGAUCCCAAGGCGCCAAUGUACAUUAUCUCUGGUGGAACAGGUAACAUUGAAGGGUUGAGCGCUGUUGGAACAAAGGGACCGGAGAAUGCAUUUGCUUAUGCAGAUGAUUUCAGUUAUGCAACUAUUCGUUUCCAGGAUGCUAACAACUUGCAAGUUGACUUUCUCCGCUCAGCUACCGGGGAGCUAUUGGAUCGAUCUAAGCUUUUCAAGUCUCAUAAGCAACGAUUUGUCAAACAGGCUUAG